CCCGAAGACCACUUCCAGAGUUCCUCUUUUGACUCCCCAUGAAAUAUCCCUUCCCACUGCUUAACAUUCUCCUGCUUUUCGCUCUCUGCAUUUCUGCCCCCAAGAAAACCAAGAAAAAAACCAAAAUAUAAAUUCUCUUCCAUUUUCCCAAACAAAUCCCCACUGGGAUUUUGUCCCAAAUUGUUCACUCGUUUUCUCUCUCUAGUUUUUUGUUUUCCCAAAACCCAAAUAGAAAAGAACUAGAAGAUGGAUCUUUCUAAAUUCCCUACUAUUGUGGAAAAGGCUGUCCGCAUUCGGAAAAAAAAUUGUAUGGGGCUGGAGUGUAGCCUGGAUGUGUACGCGCUGGUGGAUGAUCUUGAUGAUGCUAUUGAUGAUGCUAUUCAGAAGGCUCCACCAGAGAGGCGCAAGCCUGAUGAGGUCAUGAAUUGGCUGCGCAGCGUGGGGGAUAGGAAGCACGAUAUUCAUCGGGGCUUAAUAAAAGGAUUUGUAAAAAAUGGCAAGAAGUGUUGCCUCGUGUGGUGUCCUAAUCCCAAAUCUCAACUCAGCAUGGAAGCACAUAAUGUCCAAGAAGUUACUGAACUGCUGAAAAAGAUUAGGAGAAUACAUGAAGAGGCUCUCUUAAAGACUGAACAGAAAGUGGCUGCAGCAGCUGUUAAAGAUUUCAUUAACUUUGACUCUAGAAGGGAUGUUUGGGAGGAGAUCAUGAUGGCACUGCAAAGUCCAAGAAUCAGCAGCAUUGGAGUGUAUGGGGAGGCUGGUGUAGGGAAAACGAUGCUGGUUGAAGAAAUCAAAAGAAAAGCCAAGCAGAUGAAGUUGUUCGACGCUGUUGUCAUGGCUAAAGUGACAAAUAAUCCAGACACGAGAAGAAUUCAAGAUGACGUUGCUCAUGACUUGGGUCUAGAGCUUCCUGAUAAAGUUACAGCUGCAGACCAAAUAAAGUCAAGGCUAAACAACAGGAAGGUUCUUGUCAUUUUAGAUGACAUUUGGGCAAGAAUAGAUUUGGAGGAAGUUGGAAUUCCAUUUGGAAACAAGCACAAGCAGAAGCUCAAACAGCCUACAGAGAAAAAGAACGAGGAGAUCUCACCAGUAGAAGAACAAACACGGUGCCUUCUUUUGAUGACAUCUGGAGAUUCUGGUGUUUUAUCAGGUGACAUGCAUGCUCAUAAAAUUAUUAAAGUUGGCCGAUUGAAAGAGGAAGAAGCAAGGGAACUUUUUGCGAUGACAGCAAGUGAGCAAGCUAAACGACGUAUUGCAGAGAUAAAUGAGAUUGUUAAAGAAUGCAAUCAAUUGCCCCUCACUAUUUCAACAAUAGCAAGUACCUCGGAAGAUAAGAGUCUAAUACAGUGGAGGACUACUAUGAAAAAGCUUCGUCUUCCAAAGCGGGUCAGGUCUGAGGUACCAAGCCUUUAUUCCGUUAUCGAGAUGAGAUAUAGUGAGUUAGAAAGCGAGGAACUCAAAAAAACUUUGUUGCUUUGUAGUCUAAUGGGUCAUAAUGACGGCAUUCAAGAUUUGUUAAAAUAUGGCAUAGGCUUGGGAUUAUUCCCCAAAGCCACCUCUAUUGAGGAAGCACGAGAUGAAGCAUUGAGAUUGGUGAAAGAACUGAGGAGAAGCCCUUCUUUGUUGCAAAAAGGUGGGGACACCAUGCAUUUUGAUAUGCAUGAUUUAAUUCAGAAAGUUGCCAUAUCAAUUGCUUCUCGGGAGCAUGGUCUGCUAGAUUUGACAGAGGAUGCAACUGAAGACAUGUUUGACAAGAAGGCAAUGAAAGAGUGCAAGUGGAUUUAUUUAUCAAAUGGUGAUGCUAAACGUUCUGGUCACCUUCCAUAUAUGUUGAAAUGUCCACAGUUCACUUUCUUUCACUUAGCUAGCAAAUAUUCUGAUUUGAAAAUUCCAGAAAACUUUUUUUGGGGAGCAGAUGGACUCAGAGUUUGGUUAGGUACAAUCCUAGUCUCUGUUAUGGAAAACUUGAAGAAUUUGCAAGUCCUCAGUCUUGUGGGAUGUGACAUUGAAGAGCUGCCUCGGGAAACAGUGCAACUGGCUAAGCUGAAGUUGUUGAAUUUGAGUGACUGUACUAAACUUAAAGACAUUCCACCAGGUAUCUUAAAAAGUUUGUCACAAUUAGAAGAACUGUAUUUGGGAAACAGCUUUGACCAAUGGGAGGACAUCGAGAAGCAUGAUAAAAGAAGAAAUGCCAGCCUUGAUGAGUUGACACAGUUGAUAGAGGAGAUUUGUGGAAUCAUUGGGGCAGUUCUUUUGAAUACUCAAACAUUGAAGCUAAAGCAUGAUGGAAGCAUUAGAUCUGAUAAAGUUAAAAGUUUGCCAAACAAGGUAGAGGAACUGCAUCUAGAGAGGUUGAAUGGUGUCAAGGAUGUAUUUAAUGAGUUAGAUCAGAAUGGUUUUCAAGAACUAAAGUAUCUCCAUGUCAAGAAUAUUGAUCUAGAGAUUGAACAUUUGUUCUUCAAGCCAGAGAAGGAGAUUCACAGUGAAGUUCUUCCCAAAUUGGAAGUAUUAUUUCUUCACAGUUUGAAGGGAUUGCAAAAGAUAUUUCAUGGCCAGUUUGGAAAACCAUCCUUGGAAAGGUUAAGAAUCAUUACAGUGACAUGUUGUAGUCGGUUGAAAAAUUUGUUCCCGUUCUCUGUAGCCAAACAGCUUCACUAUCUCCAAGAAAUUAGAGUGACAGACUGCAGCGACAUUGUUGAAAUUGUUGAUGAGGAGGAGGAAGAAGAUGCUAAUGUUAUUACUGAUGAUGUAAUUGAGUUGGCCGCCCAAAUUAAGUGCUUGAGGUUACAACGUCUAACGGAGUUUAUUAGUUUCAGCCAUGAAAAGAUUAUUAGAUCCCGAAGGACGUUACUUUUCAACAAAAAGCUUGUGGGACAACGGAGAAUAUGGAGUCUGACAAAACUGAUAAUUGAGGGCUGCGAUCAGUUAGAAAAUCUAUUCUUUGAAUCUAUUGGUGAUUGUCUGGAGAAGCUUGAGCACCUUGAAAUAAGGGAAUGCAAGAAGAUGAGAGAAAUUAUUGUCCGAGAAGCAAGAGAGGGAGUGUCUAUGUUCACAUCUCGAUCAUUGAAGCAAUUGGCUAUAGAGAACUGUCCGGAGCUGAAGGGGUUCGUGGAAGACAACCGGGCUGACAAACCCAUCGCUAGCACUGGUCUCUUCCAUGAUAAUGUAUACUUUCCUACUUUAGAAACGAUGUCAAUCUCCAACUUGAAAAACUUGAAUAUCAUUUGGUGCGAAUUCAACUCAAUUGACUUUUUUUCAUUAAACUUCCUACACAUAAAAGAUCUUCCGAACCUCAUCAGACUCUGCCAAAACCGUGAAGAUAGAAAGUACAAAGGUAGCGAGUUGCGAUCCUUGGAGCAGUUGAUUAUAGAGAACUGCCUGCAGCUGAAUGGCCCCCUCUUUGAUGAGGAGUUUGUGUGUCCUAAUUUGAAAAUAAUGACUGUCUCCUACUUGAAAAACUUGAAGAUCAUAUGGAAAACCUUUUGCAACUUAAGAUCAUUGAGAGUUACGUAUUGUCAGAAUCUAUCAACCAUUUUUCCAUGUAACAGUGGCAUGCUCAAAAAACUCUUGGGAUCACUGGAGGAGUUAGAAAUAAUUGGUUGUAGUUCAGUAAAAAAGGUGUUUGAACUUGGACGGUCAGAAGAACAUAAGCUGAUAUGCCAUCGCAUGCUCAAAAAACUCUUGGGAUCACUGCUGAUAUUCCAACAGCUAAAGGUCGUUACUAUAGCUGACUGCCCAGAUAUGGUUACAUUUGCUUCUACCAUCUCAAGAGACCAAGAGCAAGGGACAUCUGAACCCUUUUUCAGCACUAAGUUUCAAGUUAAAUGUUAUUAAUUGAAUGCUAUAUGCUCGGGAAAUCUCUGGAAAAUUAUUUAAA